AUGCAGGAUUCUUUCUUUGUCUCAUCCCGGAAACGUAAACGCACCGGUCCAGCUAAAUCGUCCGAUUCAACAAAUAAGCCCACAAGACGUUCUCGGCCCACAGAUAACAACAAAUCAGCACCAGCACCUCGCAAAGACAGCGAUGUCGAGAGUGGCGAUGAAUCCGAUCGAUUCGAGAACUUGAGUGCAAGCGAGGACGAAUCCUCUGAAGAGGAAAUCGAGGAAACCGCAGCCGAGAAACGUGUUCGUUUGGCCAAAGCGUACCUGGAUAAGAUCCAAACUGGUCUCGAAGAGGAACUCGAUGGUUUUGAUGCGGCUGAUUUGGAUCGAGAUUUGAUUUCAGAGCGUCUUAAGAAGGAUGAGGAUGAGAUUGCUGGUCGAAUGCAUCGAAGAGUAGCCGACAAGUUUGAUUUUGCAGCCAUUGAUGAGGAAAAGAUUCAAAGUCGACGUGGACAUCAGCUUUCGAUCACUGCCGUUGCAUUAGCCGAGAAUGGAUCUGUUUUUUACACUGCGUCAAAGGAUUGUUCAAUUAUCAAAUGGGACGCAAAGACGCUUGAAAAGUUACAUGUUUUCCCAGGUGGUCAAAAGAGUGCCAAAGAAUUUGAAGGCCACACAGAUCACGUUUUUGCAUUGGCUAUCAGCUCAAAUGGCGAAUAUCUUGCUAGCGGUGGACGGGAUAAGAAGAUCAACAUCUGGUCUGUAAAGGAUAAUAAGCAUCUUGCUGUUUUCCCACAUCACAAAGAUGCCAUUUCGGGUUUAUGUUUCCGUAAAGGCAAGAAUCAAUUGUACUCGGCAUCAUGGGAUCGAACCAUCAAAGUAUGGAACAUUGAUGAGCGGGCCUAUAUUGAAACACUGUUUGGACAUCAAGACCAGAUUGCCAGCAUUGAUACCCUAAUUCGAGAACGCUGCGUAUCGGUCGGUAGUCGAGAUAGAACAGCUCGAGUAUGGAAGAUUGUGGAUGAAACGCAACUUGUAUAUCGUGGCGGCACACAAAGCAAACAAAAGGAUGCGAGAGAACGACCAUUGUACUUGGAGGGAUCAUUGGAUUGUAUUUCACAAAUCGAUGAAAGCAUGUUUGUUACCGGUGGCGAUAGUGGUGUUGUUUCGUUAUGGGAUAUCAACAAAAAGAAACCCGUUUUUUCAGUAACAGAAGCUCACGGCAUCAACACCACACAAAGUGAGACCGAAGGCGACAUCAACACACCCUACUGGAUCACAGCAAUAGCAUCACUUCGAUACUCUGAUUUAUUUGUAUCUGGAUCAUGGGAUGGAUAUAUUCGCUUUUGGAAGAUUGGUGAGGACAACAAGAACUUUACUGAAAUAGCCAAGCUUCCUGUCAAGGGCGUGAUCAAUAGCCUUGAUAUCAAGACCGUCUUCCCAUCAAAUCGAACAUUUUUGAUCGUCGGUGUGGGUCAGGAACUCAAGGGAGGUCGCUGGUUACGCUUGAAGGGUGCCAAGAACUGUACAAAGAUAAUAGAACUUCCAUCACUCAACAAAGCAUCUUCUUAA